AUGUAUUUUUUACUUUCAGUUCAGAGCAAGCUUGCGGAAUUGAGGGCAAAGAGUAAGUAUAGAAUUAUAAUGAAUAUAACUUCGAUCAAUUAGCUUGGGAAACUUCUCCACAAGUCAAUAGGAUACGAAACCAUGAUAUCUAUUUACUGAAGUAAAUAUAUUCAACUCAUCAUUGGGCUCUUUAUCGUUAAUAUAUCAUCUCUCUUUCUUUUUAGGGAGUCCAUGUGGGGCGUCAUGCGCUCCAUCCUGUGCUCCUCUGUGUCAGCCAUCAUGUUGUAUGCCAAUUCCACCACCGCCACCUCCACCACCACCACCGCCUCCCCCACCAAUGCCAAUGCCAAUGCCGGCUCCUCCUCCUCAGUGUCCUCCCGUUUGUUUGAAAUGGACGACAACUAUCAACCCAGGGGGCGGAAUGCCUCAAGUGUCUCCAAUUCAGUCUACUCCUUGUCCUGAUCAGUGCCAGCAGGCAGGCUGUUGUGCACCUCCACCAAUGAUGCCCCCUCAACCACCACCAAUGGUUAUGGGCCCUCCUCCUCCUAUGGUAGCACCUCCUCCUCCUCCAGUUCAGCCACCACCACCUUGCCCUCCAGGUUGCCCUAAGGCUUGCUAUCCAGCCUGUUCACAGAGGUGCUGCAACCCUCAACCACUCCCGCCCCUUCCACCACCAAUGCCACCGAUGCCUCCCAUGCAGCAAUGCCAGCCAUCCUGUGCUCCCACCUGCUGCCAGGGACCACCUCCUCAACCAAUGAUGAUGCCACCUUAUCCUCCAAUGAACAUGCAGCCACCUCCAAUGCAACCUCCUCCAAUGAUGAUGCCCCCUCAACAACCCAUGAUGAUGAUGCCUCCUCCACAGACAGUUUGCCCCGCGCCCUGUGCCCGAUCAUGCGCACCAAAAUGUAAACCUGAAUGUUGCGACAAAAGGAAGCGUAAUGCUGAGAACUAA